CAGCGCGGGCAGGUGGGGCCGCUCCGCCGCCCGCCCCGCCUCAGCCCCGCGGGGCAGCGCGGGCACCGCGCGGUUCUCCCGGCUCGGCCGCUGCCCCUCGCCGGGAGCCGCCGCCAGCAGCAACAGGUCCGUGCCCGCGCCUCCCUCCGCCUGCCAGGCGAACAAAGGGGCUGAGCGCGGCCCCGCGCCCGCCCGGCCCCUCCGCCAGCCCGGCCCCUGCGCUUCAGCCAUUUGCCUCGCCUGGCAUCGCACCGCCGCUCCCACCCGCCUUCCCGGCCUCCCCCGCCGGCUCCCGCUGCCAGGCCGAGGCGCCGGGGUCGCUGCGCUGCUGGAGCUGCCCCGGAGCGGCGCGGGGCUCGUCGGCCGCCGCCGAAAGGGGGAAUGCAUAUGAGGAGCACUGAUAUGAAGAAAACUUCCCGAAGGUCAUGCAAAGGCAAACUUGGCUAGUGGGGAAUCGCCUUCCAGAAUAGACUGCAGCCUCAGCCUUCCUCUGAAAUUGUUGCACAAGGUGAUGGCCGCGCCGCGGCGGCCGGCAGCGCUCCGCACGGACCAGGCGCGGCGGCGGCGCAGGUAGCGCGGCUCCAUGGAGGGCAGCGGCGCGGCCCCGGAGGAGGAGGAGAGCGGGGCCGCGAACGGCGCUCCCCCGCCGCCGCCGCCGCCGCCCACGCCGGCCGCCCCCUGCGGCUUCAGCUCCUCCCUCUGCUUCAGCGCCGCCGCUGCCGAGCCGCAGCAGCCCGCGGCCGGCGGCCGGGUGGUGCAGAGCCAGUGGGAGAUCAACAACGCCGCCUGCCAGCCGGAGGAGGAGGAUGAGGAGGUGGUGGGGCCGCGGGACCGGCCGCCGGAGGAGCCCGACCUGGUGAUCGAGGUGUCGGGCCGCCGCAUUCGGGCGCACAAGUCGGUGUUGGCGGCCAAGAGUGACUAUUUUCGUGCCCGCGCCUCACGGGACGUCCUGCGGGUGAAGGGGGUGAGCUACGGGGCGCUGCGGCUGCUCAUUGACUACGUGUACACGGCCCGCAUGGGCGAGGUGCGGCACGACAACCUGGCGGAGGUGGUGAGCGGAGCCCGCGUCCUCCAGAUGCCGUGUGCCCUGCACUGUGCCGCCGAGGCCAUGCGCGCCCAGCUCUGCCUCGGCAACUGCUACCAGCUCCUCUGCCUGGCCAAGAAGCAGCGGCUGGCGGAGCUGCGGGAGGCUGCCUAUCGCUUCAUGAGUGACCAUUACCUGGAGGUGCUGCGGGAGCCCAGCGUUUACGGCCGCCUCAGUGGCACUGAGCGGGACCUCAUCUUGCAGCGGCGCAUGGAUGCUGGCCGGCCCUGCUUGCUGGUGGCCGAGGUCAGCGACGCCUUCGAGCGGCCGGGUGGUGGCAGCCGGCCACAGAGCCGCGAGAGCAGUCGGCCACAGAGUCCCUCCUCCGUGGUGUCUCUGGAAGAGAGUGGCUCCCUCAUUCACUGCUACCAGGAGACCAGUGGCGAGUGGAGGGUGCUGACGCGCCUGCCCGAGGAGGCCAAUGCCAAGGGCUGCGCCAUGUGCGUCCUCCACAACUACCUCUUCCUAGCAGGGGGCAUUGUGACAGGGCCGGUGGGCAGCGAACCCAGGGCCCGCCUUUCCGACAAGGUCUUCUGCUAUAACCCCCUGACCGACACCUGGAGCCAGGUGCGGCCGCUGGCUCAGCCCCGCUCGCAGCUCAAGCUGCUGGCCCUGGAUGGUUACCUCUAUGCUGUGGGGGGCGAGUGCCUCUUCACUGUGGAAAGGUACGACCCACGGGCUGACCGCUGGAGCCCUGUGGCUCCUCUGCCCAAGGGUGCCUUUGCUGUGGCUCACGAGGCCACCACUUGCAACGGGGAGAUCUAUGUGUCAGGAGGCUCCCUCUUCUACCGCCUACUCAAAUAUGACCCUAAGCGUGACGAGUGGCAGGAGUGCCCUUACAACAGCAGCCGCCGGCGCUCUGCUGACAUGGUGGCCUUCAAGAGCUUCAUCUACCGCUUUGAUGUGAGCAGUGGCCGUGGUGGGGAGCAGGGCCCAGGUGGCGGGACUGGCGGUGGUGUUGAAGUUUUCCGGUACAACACGGUGGCCAAGUGCUGGAGCCAGUGCGCCAGCCUGCGGCCCAGCGGUGGCCCCAUCCAGCCCUUCCGCUGUGCCCCCUUGGGCAGCACCAUCUACUGCGUCAACCGGACCGGCACCCUUCGCUUCAGCCUAGCCCAGGACGGUGAGGUGGAAGCAGAUGGUGGGCUCAAGGGCACCUUUGACGGGGAGCUUCUUAAAGCUCCCUUGGAUGCCAAGGGUGUCCUCCUACCCUUUGUGCUUACCCUGCCCGAGAGGCUGGACAAAACAGGGGACCAGGAGGGCUCCCUCCCACUGUAAGGUGGCCAGCCUGGCUCUGGCUUGCUGAGGGGGGGAGCUGGGUUGCAGAUCCACAAACUCCUGUCUACGGAGGGGACCCAUUCUGUUGUGUCUGCUGAGAAAAGGGACUUCUCCUUUUGUCCUCUCUGCUCUCAAGAUGUUGAGCUGGUUGUAACCCAUUUGUAACUCUUCUCAUAUUUGCUGUGCUUUGUGUGAAAAGCCAAGCACACAAAAGUAAAAGCUGCUAUAAAGGAUAAUCUCUGGAUUAUGUUUGUGCCAAUCCCCAAUCUGAGAAAAACUUUUUUACACCUGGAUUUCUAAAAUAUUCUCGACAGCAGUGUCAUAAUGGGAUGUUAAUUUUGGUUUGUGUUUGCAAUCUGGGCUGGAGCCUUUUCUGUUAUUUGUGUUUUUUUCCCUCUGGGAUGAUACUGAGGGAUAAACACUGCUGGCAACAUAAUUUAGCUGCAUUUGUUUUUAUGUUAAACCAACUAUUUCCUGUGUUUAAAAAAUAUAGGAAGAACAUCUCCAUCACAGCCUUUCAUUUCUGGUGCAAUAGAUGGUUUAGGGAAGCUGUGGCACUGUAUUGGUCCCAGGAAUUUCAACCACAGAUGAUUUAACAGAUACCAAACUUAAUGUUUUAAGUAACACAAAUGUGUGCCACAUGUUUUACUUGGAAUGCAAAGAAAAAGAAAAAAAAAGAACAAGUCAAGUUACCUUUUUAAAAUGUGGCGUUUUAUAGUAGAUAUGAGAUGUUGAUGUGUUCUUUAUUUGAAAAAGGCAGUGGUUUCUGUAUGAAAAGACAUUGUUUUAUUACUUUUUUUUGAUCAGAGAUUUUAAAUUAUAACAAAAAUGAACUGAAGCUGUUCAGACUACAACCGGUUGACAUGACCAUGUAUGCCACUAGAGUUGGGGAAAAACUUUGUAUUUCAUAUGCUCUUUAACUGCAGGUCAAGGAAGGCUAACCUAAACCAACCUGUGGCAAAAGGCCUUUCCCACGUGUUUCAAGACCAUCAGAAGGGGCCAUGGAAAAUAGGAAUGUGCUACACAUGUUGAUUAUAUUGUGCACUAGCAUGAUGUUACUUCUUGAGAGACUGCUUUAUUUAUUUUGAACUAAUGAUUGCUGUAAUCAAUAAGUCCUUGUUAAUUGCAGUACAUGCUGAUAACGUACACUGUCAUUGUGAUUCUAAACUGCCCAAGAGAGCUGUUUUUGGGGCAGCAUCCAAAUGAGGCAAAAUCAUACAAAACUUCUUCCUGCCUGUGGAAAGUUGGAGCAUACUUUUUGUCAUGUUACUCAGAACUGGAAAAACGUAGAGUGUCUACACUGACAGACUAUAUUGAAAAGGGCACAUACAUUUAUUUUAUACAUUUUAUAUUUAAAAAAAUCAAUAGGCAAGGCAAAUGUUUUAGCUUUAUGGUAAAUCACUGAGAAACCUUUUCUGAAAAAAGAACCUGUGGUUUUGCUGGUACAUUGCUGUAUAUUCAGCGUGGAACUGGCAUGGACUGUGGUAGAGAAUUGUUUAUACUCAAAGCUCUAGUAUAGAUUCAUAUUUUAGAAAGACAUAGGGCCCUUACAUCAAAAAAAGCAGAUCUUUUUAUGUUUUAUUAAGAUGUUUUUGUUAAACAGGACUUUAGCAUUCUUAUACAUAAUCGCUAGUUCCAAAGGAAGGCAGCAGGCUCUGUCCUAAGAGACACCAUCUUUACAAAAGAGAAUAGUGAACUUCAUAGGUAUUUUUUUCCUUGCCUUUAAUGUUUGGGGUUUUUUUCUCUUAUCGUUGUUGCACGGGGUUUUAAUGCAGCUGAUCUCGAUAGCCAUUCUAUAGAAAACAGUGGUCCAGUCCUAGAAGUUUGUAGCCAAGUGAGCAGCCUGUUCCCUAGUGAGCUAAUUAAAGCAUCAGCCAGGCAGGAGCUGUAGGCCUGCGGAGUGUGACAUUUAUCUUAGCCUCAGUACAGGUUGGUGCAGUGGAAUUUAACAUCCUUCACAGAAUAUUUGAUUUAAUUCUCAGACGAGAAUCCUUGGAAAUGUUGACUCUAAAUUAAAUUACAGUGUUGUAGCUUGAGGAGGAAAGAAAUUACAUGUUUGCUUUCAGCAUUAUUUUUAUGUUAACUGCAGAAAGUAUUUCAAGCUGUGUAGUGCAACACUUAGGUGCAUACUUAAACUAGAGACGUAAGUGUUAGGCCAGAUUUUGAAAUAGUAGAGUCACCAGGAACACACACACACAAGGAAACGCUGUGUUAUCUUUCAAUAAUACAACAUGAUUUCAUAGUUCAAAGACUUAGGUAGUAUAGUUCUUGCACUACAGUUCUUACACUUGAUACAGUGAGGUAUCAAGCCAGCUUUUGCAUUCCUAUUCAUUAAGCAUUAAUUAAGCACUUUCAUUCCUGCUAAUGCAUGAAAAUGCUUUUAAAUUAGUUUUAGGAAGUUUCCAUGAUUUAAGAUCUGAAAAUAAUUCACAAACUUUUGGGAUAGAAUGAAUGAUAUCCUUUCUUCCAAUAUUUAUUGCUGUACACGAUGAAGAAAUACAUUUGGAAGUAAGUUCUACCGUAAUAAGCAUUCAGCAAACCUGCAGUGGUUUGUAUUUUUGCUAGGUCCUAUUUUUAAAAAAGGUUGAAUCAACUGCUUACCUGCUUUCACUGUUUACAUAGUGUCAGUGGGGCAGAGUAUGGGCUUCAUUAGUAGCUGUCUAUCAAACCUGUUUCCUUUGUACACUGCAUAGUUACAGCCUGAUGAUUAACAGCAGAGGCAUGUUUCUAGCCAAAUUUCCUACUCUGUGGCCUCUGUUUCCUCCCUGGUAGGCCUGAGGCAGGUUUGCUGAGAAUUGUUUUCUCCCCCAGUUAUAUAUUCACAAAAAAAAAAACCAACCUGUAACAAACUUGGGUACUAAAACCAGAAUUCAGAUAGUCUUCAGGCAUUUCAAGACUGAAAUUGUCAUUCCAGAACCCUACAGUUUUACUUAAACCUAGCAACAACUGUCUCUUUGACAUGUGGAGCUGCUGAGCAGUUCCACACCUACCUACCAAGUGGGAUAUCCAGAAGCCACUGAUGUAAUAGGGUUUAAUUUAGGUGCAAACUAAAGGGCCAGGCCACCCUCAAGUUGUGUUUGCAUAUGUUUUGCUUUUAAAACAGCCAUUUUAUCUAGAGUAGCCUGAAGUCUACCAUAUUUGCAUGGGAACAUGGAGAUCUGUGUGUGCUUUCUUAGCUUGCAAGCAUUCAGUCCACAUUUCCCACCCUCUGAUUGGCAGUGGACUAAAGGACCUGUUGGAGCUAGUCCCUGAUCUCUAAAUAUGUGUGCAUUUUGCAUUGUAUGUUAAUUCGCUAUAAGUCUCACAAAUCAUCAAGGUAGUCAUCCUCACUGAGUGACCUGAGUCUAGCUAGAGACAUAGUCUGCCCCGCUGUCUUUCUUCCCCCUGAAUCUUACAGUCCUCCCAUUUUAAUGGGACACACAGGAGAUAGUUGCCCUUAUUUUUCAGGAAAUAAUGUUUCCUCCCUAGACUACUCCUAUUUUCAAGGUCAUCUGCUAGAGAAUUCAGGCUUGAAUUCCCUUAAGCUGAGUAAGGACUGAACUGAGGCCUUGCACUUUGUGUGUGUGUAUGUGUUUGUUCUCAAAUCUCGAUGGCUGUUCAGGAGAACUACAUUGGGACCACCUUCUGCAGCUCUUUCUCAUGGGUGAGCUUCAUGCAAAUCCUCCAAAAGCACACACAGGCUCCUGUAUAUUGAGUUCCGAGUAGAUUCCAGGCCCCAUCUCUUGGAUGGGUAAUUCAGCAUAGGUUUAGUACAAGUUGUUACAAUCAGGCAAGUUUUCUUUGCAAAGCUUUUGCAGACGGGCACUGUAUUUUGGGUUACCAGUCUGAGGUGAGGUGCUCCGUGCACUGUACUGGGAGGCCAAACAGAUAAUUUGGAUUCUUGUCAGCGGUGCCACCUUAGUAAAGAGGCAUUGCAGUACCUAACAAUGAAAUGCCUAAAGCCUUUAUUGUAUCUAAAACUAAAUCCUGACUUUCAUAAAGAAGUGCUAAUAAUAGAUGAAACUUUACUGUUUCUAUCUAUUAACUGGUUCCGUAAAAUAGAAAUUAAUUGCAGCAAAAGCACGUGUACAGAUUCUGUUUACACUCGAAACUAAGUCCAAAAAAUAAUUUGCAAAAGAUUAACCCUGUUUGAUCAAAACCGGCACUGUUACGCAACAUGGGGAGGAUGUUAGUCAUACCUUAGUAAUGACUGAAAUUGUGCAGUCGCUGAUGUAAAUUCUGUCCACAAAAAGUUUAUUUGUAAAUAAAUACCUGGUAAAAUUUAAAGUGGUAAAAGAAUAAAUUACUCACAUGAAAGCCGUGCCUCUCCUGUGCUGUUUGAUUGGCUCUUAGAGUGCUGUAUCCCAAUUACCACUAUUGAUGAGUGGCUUUUGCUUUUCCUGAUUUACAGCAUGUAUUCCAUUGACUGCUCCAUAGAUGUGUUAACCUUCAUUAUCACAAAGUUUAACAGUGGUGCUGGUGCUUUGUGUCUGGACUGAUAUGUAGUGUUUUCUGCUUGAAUGAAUCCAGAUCUAGACAGAAUCCUAUCUUUGGGAAUUUUUUUUUUCCCAGUAGCAUUGCUCCUGGGAAACUUAAGAAAACACAAGAAGGGGGAAUGGUGGUAAUGUUGAGCAGUUGUAGGAAAAAAGCAUUUUAUUAAUUUCUCUUUUUUCUGCUGUUACUUCGCACACCAAUUUGGUGCUAGAUUAACAGAACAGCUCUCUUUGGCUAUUACCAGUAAUAGUCUGAGUACUAUUGCAGCAAAGUAUGUUUUUGCCUGUUUGCUGCCUCAACUCCUACCCUGAGAUAAUGUAGUGCAAGUUUGUAAUAGUUCCAUGCAUUUACUAGGUUACUAGAACUAUUCUGACUUUAUAUUACUGCUACUAAAAGCAGAGAUUGACACACAAACGUAGUAAAAUUGUGUGCUCAGAAUAUGUAAUCGCACUUCAUUUGUUUUGGCCUACUGCGUGCUGAGAGCUGCUGGAAUGAACCCACUGGUAUUAGGAAUCAGCAGGAGUGCUGGUUUUGGCUGGGGUCAAGUUAAUUUUAUUCACAGUAGCUGGUAUGGGGCUGUAUUUUGGAUUUGUGCUGAAAACAGUGCUGAUAAUACAGAUCGUUUCAUUGUUGCUGAGCAGGGUUUAAACAGAGCCAAAGCCUUUUCUGCUCCUCACCCUACCCCACCAGCGAGGAGGCUGGUGUACACAAGGGCUUUGGAGAGGACACAUCUGGGACAGCUGACCCCAACUGAUCACAGGGGUAAUGCAGACCAUUUGUUUUCAUGCUCAGCAUAUAAAGUUGGGGAAAGAAAAAGGAAGGGUGGAUAUCUGGAGUGACGGUGUUUGUCUUCCUAAGUCAUCUCUGUGUGUGCUGGAGCACUGCUUUCUUGAGGAUGGCUGAACACCUGCCCUGCCCAUAGGAAGCAGUGUAAAAAUUCCUUGUUCUGCUGGUGCAGAUUUUGCUUUGGUUAUUAAACUCUCUUUUUUUUCAACCCAGGAGUUUUCUCACUUUCCCCCUUCUGAUUCUCUCCCCCAAAUCACUGGGAGGAGUGAGUGGGGCUGAGCCCCUGGCCAGGGUUAAACUACAUCAACAGCUAUUUUGGAGACUAACUUUCAUAAAUUACUCAAAGGAAAUAAAUGGGAGUUAGGGAGAGAAGGGAAGAGAUGAAUUCGGAGUCAAAAGUACCUACUUUAUAUCUGGUUGAAACAAAUAGCAGGGGAGGGAAACCCGAGUUGGUACUUGAGACAGUGAUGACUAUAGGGACAGGAUUUUUUCAAAUAUUUCUUAAACAGGGUAAGUUUUUACCAACUAUAUUGUUAGUCUUACUGUUUUGCACCUGCAAUCCUUCUCAAACCAUCACAGUGUUUAAUAAGCUACCUUUUGCAGGAGUCUCUUGCUUUGCUUUUAAGUCUUAGUGGAUAAACCCUGGACAAAUUUGUGAAAUCAUGAAAUAACAAUGUCGAUGCUGCCACUUUCAACAGAUUAACUAAUGCAAAUUCUUUAGACACUGUUCACAGUUCAAGUGAAUUAUAUGUGUAACUGAUGUAUUAGUAGUUUCAUUUUUGAAGCAUAUAUAGGUAAAGCUUUUUAUGUACUCCAACUUACGUUGUAAUGAAAUAAAUACUUUAAAAAAAAAGCUUAUGCUCCCCCUUAGGGA